GAGUAGCAUCACUUCACUUCUGCCUCCGUACCGGUGCAGAUCGUUCGCCGCCUCCUCACUGCGGUACUGCGCGACACCGUCAGAAUUAACUAGUUGUUCCCCUUCAACUGCAACACGGGUGGAAUAACUGAAUGCUGCACAUUCGCCUUUGAAAAAGAAAAGCAGAAUCAACGUGUUUCACUUGAGCUGCAGAGUAUCGCCAGGCCUCAAACUGACUGACAUCAACAUGGGCAUUGAGAGUCAGGGCGCUGUGCGCCCUGCAGGAAACCUGACGCCAAAGCAGGUCAAGACAUUUCAGAAUGUGGAGCCGAAAGCACUUGGGUCCAUUCAGAUCAUUAUUGCGGUCUUGUGCUUGUGUCUGAGCAUCACCAUUCUUCAGCUUUAUGAAGAGGUUCACUUCUCUCCUGAUGUCAUUGUUGUGGUAGUGAUUGUUGUUCAGUUGCUUGUGUCUGGGUCCAUUUUAAUCCAUGCUGGACGGUUCCCAUCUCUGUUUUGGGUGAAAGCCACACUUGUUGCUCACCUGGUCAGUGCAGCGUUUUCCACUGCCGUUCUUGGGCUGCUGUCCCGUCACCUGCCAUACCGUCAGGACACGUACCACUGUGAGCACUGCAGGAGACUGGAGAUCUAUGCUGUGCAACAAUAUUGUUUCAGGAAGUGCACUUAUACUGUCGAGAGAAAUUGUAAACUCUUGAUUGACGGCUUCUUGGCCACACUGGUUCUGUUUCUGGUGGUGGAGUUGGCGAUCUGCAUUGUAACCAUUUUGUUUGGACUCAGUGCUUUGGCUAAAGGUGGCAUGCAGCUUCCUGGUUUCAGACAGCGUGCUGCCUCAUCUCACCCUGAGGCCGUCACCCCCAGCCAACCUCAGGUGGAGGUGAUGGUGUCAGAGGUGGAGCCAGUGCCUGAGCGUGAACCUGAACCCAAAUCUGAGCCCAUAGAAGAAAUCCCUAGCCCUCCCACUGAACCUCAAGUAGCCCCCAUUGACUCUUUAACAGACGUUUGAUGCUUCGUGCUCAUGUGAUCUGUAUGUAUAUUGUAGAGAUGACUGAGGUUUUAGCAGUGAGGGUUUUUGUAUUUGUAUUAGUGGUGUAUGAAAUCAACAUGAUAAGGCUUUAUAAUAUAGGCCAUUAUCAUUAUAGUGAUGGUUCAACCAAAAAAAGAAGUUCAUUUACUCCCUCAUGUUGUUCCAAACCCAUGACUUUCUUUGGUACAAUAAAAAUGGAUGGGGACCAGGGCUUCUCAAGCUCCAAAAAGGACAAAAAAUCACAAUGAAAACAAAAACAAGAGUGGUUCAUAUAACUUGUGCAUUAUAUUCAAAGUCUUCUGAAAUCAUACAUUUAGGUCAUCCAUUAAAAAUAUUGCUUGACUACUGUGAUCACUGUUCAUGUUCAGACAUCCUACUACUAGUUUGUCCAUUUGCCUUCCACAACAGAAAGAAAAAAACAUUUUUUAAAAAGUUCUGGGUUUUGAAAAACAUGGGGGUGAAAUUUCAUUUUAAGGUGAACUAUUGCUUUAACAUUGUAUUACCUGCUAUAAAAGACUGCAGUUUUUCUUCUUGUCUGUCAGCUGAUGACUUAGUGUUUGCAAAGCAGCACAGACUGAUAUUCUUCAAAUAUUCAGGGUCAAACCUCACCUAACCCUAAACCUUAACUUUAAAUCUUAAAGCCUAAUCUACUGAUUUCACAUUGCUUGUUUUGUUUUUUCUUUUUCCUUAAAAAAGAGAGAAUUUUCCUUUUGAUAAUCACUUAAAAGGUAACUGGCAGCAGAGAUGUCAUUAUGACAUUUGCAUUCUGAAUGGUGAUUGGUCGUCUUUCUUGCAUCUGUUUGCAUAAAGAAUUGUCAUUGGUGCAUGCUUGCAUUCUUCCUUGCAUAUGUUUAAUCAUUCAGAGCAUUUACACUGUGCAAUAUAUACUGAUUCUUGCAAUGGCAAAACAGCUCUAAUGUAGCAUUUCAUUUGCACUGAAUCAAACCUGUGUUUAGGUUUUAGGCUUUGGUUCUGUGUGAAUGAAAUGUUACACAGACUAGAAUUUAACUGUAUUUGGUUUUCUAUAGACGUGGAAAACCGGGAAAUUUCAGGGAAUUUGAACAUUGUGAUUUCCAGUCCUGGAAAAGUCAUGGAAAUUAGUGAAUAUAGUUUUUUGUUGUAAUUAUGCACAGAUCUAUAUGGAAGUCAGUUUUGGGUUUUUUGGCAUUUGUAUGCCUUUAUUUUAGAUAGGACGGUGUAGUUGGACAAUAAGCAAAGUGGGAGAGAGAGAAGGGGGUGUGAUCGGGAAAGGUCCACGAGCUGGGAUUCGAACUCGGGACGCACACAGCACAAUGUGUGUCACUACCCACAAGGCCAUUGGUACCGACAUCAGUUUUUGCCACUGAAUAAAAAAAUAAAAAUAAAAAAGGUAAUUGUGACUUUUUAUCUCAAUUCUGACUUUUUCCUCGCAAUUACGAGUUUAUAUUGCAAUUCUGACUUUUUUCAAAAUUGUGACAUAUAAACUCACAAUUCUGAGAAAUUAAGUCAAAAUUGCAUGAUAUAAAAUCACAAUUGCAAGAAAUAAAGUCAGAAUGAUCAGAAAAUACAAGUUUGUAACUCAGUUACGAGAAAUAAAAUCACUAUUGCGAAAUAAACUCACAAUUCUGACUUUUCUUCUCAGAGUUGCAUGAUAUAAAUUCACAAUUGUGAGAAAUAAAGUCAGUAUUAUGAGAUAAAACUCGCAAUUCUGACUUUUCUUGGAAAUGUGAAUUUGUAUCUCGCAAUUCUGACUUUCUUCUCACAAUUGCAAGGUUAUAUCUUGCAUUUCUUAUAAAAUCCAAUUUUGAGGGGAAAAAAAGACUGAUAUGUUCUCAGCACUGCGAGUUUAUAUCUCACAAUUCAGACUUAAUAACUCCCAACUGCGUGUUAAGUCAGAAUUGCAAGAUAAAGCCUAAACUCGUAAUUCUAAGGGAAAAAAGUCAGAAUUGUGAGUUUAUUUCGCAAUAUCAUGCAAUUCUGACUUUAUUUGUAUUACAAUUACAACUUUUUUUUCAGAAUUGUAAUACAAACUCGCAAUUGCGAGUUAUAAAGUUAGAGUUGCGUAAUAUAAACUCACAAUUCUGAGUUUAUAUCACACAGUUCCGACUUUAUAACUCACAACUGCAAGUUUAUAUCACCUAAUUCUGAGAAAAAGUCAGAAUUGUAGGAUAAAAAGUUUGUUUGUUUCCUUAAUUCAGUGGCGGAAACUGCCACUGUAGAUCUAUAUUUUAUUUAGCUAGAAAUAUUCUAGUUGCAAUCUCUAUAAAAUGACUUCAGAUUAUUUAUGUAAUACAACUGGAAAAUCAUUGAAAUUAAUUAAUCAAAAAAUGUUGAUAGCUUGACAGUUAUUUUGCUGCCUUGCAAACACUGCAAUUUUUGCAGUGUCUAUCAGAAUAAAGUAAUGAAAAAAUAAAAACGUUAAUGAAUGCAGAAAGAUCAUAGCAUGAUUGGUGUAAAUGUAAUCAUAGCACAAAGAAACAGAAUGUUGCAUAUGCUGCAGGGCAAAAAAAAUGUAUGUAAACAAUGCAAGCAUGUACAGUUGGAUCCACCUAAUGCAAGACAUCAUGAUCAGGUAGCUGGUUAGCAGGAGGCUAAUUUUAGAUGUAGAUUGUAUAUCACACCAGCUGUAAAUUAUUGUCAGCUGUCAUCUAUAACUACAAAAAAUUAUAUUGCAGGUAAUAUCGUGUUAAUUGAGAAAUUGCACUCACCCCUGAUCUGCAAUAAUAAAUACUUCCAUUGAGCUAACCUAAUAACAAAUAAAAAUGCUCUGUAUUAUAUGUUAAUGUUUGUUACAUAAUGUAAAAUAUUCCCCCAGUUCAUUUGGCCUUUUGAGUUAGUAAUGUGUUGAAAAUCUGAUGACACAAUAUCUAUAUUCAACCUCUGUGCUCACAGAAGAAUGAAAAAUAGCUUGACAGAAUAUCUUAACAGAAUGAUAUACAUACAAGUUGGGCUUGAUCUUUUACACUCUAUUAAAGGGGAAAAAAAACAUUGUGUUCUCCACUGUUAAUAUUAAACAGUGGCAUGAGUUUCCUGUAGAUAUGAUAUAUAUUCCUGAUUCAAUGUCAUUGGUGCUAAUACACUAGAAAAUCCAUUUCAGUGCAGGAUGAGGUUUUGUGUCUGAGAAACCAUGUUUUCAUCUUUCAUAUAAGCAUUCUGCAUCCUUAAAGUAUCAAUGGAUCAGUGAGAUAACCAGGAACCAGUUAGAAUAGGGCGUUUAUGUGUCAUCUUUGGCCCUUUGUUUGCUUGCCAUUAUUUUUCACAAAGCUUAUAGAUCAGCUAAUAGUUGUUGUACGUUACUCACACACCAGAGUCACAGAAUGUCAUUUUUAGUGUCUCUCAAAUAUCUGAAUUUGUUAAAGUACAGUCAUAAUCCAAGGAACUACUGUUUUUAUUACAGAUCUAACAAACCAAAGCAUUUGUCUCUUCUGUAUCUCUCUUCUGUAUGACUACUGUUUAGUAAUAUAUUGUUCAUCUGUAUAUUUCUGCUCUGGUCACUGUCACCUCUUGUUUAAUUGUGAGUUUAAGCAUGCUGCUAUGAGUUUCCACUAAAGAAGGAUCAAAGGAAUUGUUGUUGACAUUGUAGCACAUUCUCAUAGUGUUUGAAGUGCAGUGUAUGUUAGGUGCUGAAUGGACUAAUUAAACCACUUUUA